GCAAAAUAAACCUAUACAUACGUACAUACAUACAGAAAAAUAGAGAUACAGCAGGGAAGGAAAGGCGAAAAUGAGUGUAGAUCUGGAUGGUUCAAACAACAGCCAUGGAAACCUGGACCAACAGAUUUCACAGCUCAUUCAAUGCAAGCCUUUAUCCGAACCCGAGGUCAAGACAUUAUGUGAGAAGGCAAAAGAGAUUUUGAUGGAUGAAAGCAAUGUUCAGCCCGUAAAGAGCCCUGUGACUAUCUGUGGUGACAUUCAUGGGCAAUUUCAUGAUCUUGCUGAACUUUUUCGUAUUGGAGGAAAGUGUCCAGAUACAAAUUACUUGUUCAUGGGUGAUUAUGUGGAUCGGGGUUAUUAUUCAGUCGAAACAGUUACGCUUUUGGUGGCUCUGAAAGUACGGUAUCCUCAGCGGAUCACUAUUCUAAGAGGAAACCAUGAAAGUCGACAGAUCACACAAGUCUAUGGGUUUUAUGAUGAAUGUCUCCGGAAGUAUGGCACUGCCAACGUUUGGAAGAUGUUUACAGAUCUUUUUGAUUAUUUCCCAUUGACUGCUUUGGUUGAAUCAGAGAUAUUUUGUCUUCAUGGUGGGUUGUCACCUUCCAUUGAAACGCUUGAUAGUAUAAGAAGUUUUGAUCGUGUGCAAGAGGUCCCACACGAAGGCCCAAUGUGUGAUCUUCUGUGGUCUGAUCCAGAUGACCGUUGUGGUUGGGGUAUCUCACCUCGUGGAGCUGGAUAUACGUUUGGCCAAGACAUUUCAGAGCAAUUUAACCAUACAAACGGCUUAAAGCUCAUUGCUAGAGCUCACCAGCUGGUGAUGGAGGGAUUCAACUGGGGACAUGACCAAAAGGUUGUGACAAUCUUUAGUGCGCCAAAUUAUUGUUAUCGAUGUGGUAACAUGGCUUCUAUAUUAGAGGUUGAUGAUUGCAAAGGCCACACAUUCAUACAGUUUGAACCAGCUCCCCGAAGAGGUGAACCUGAUGUAACCAGAAGAACACCUGAUUAUUUUUUGUGAAGUCGAGAAAUGCUUGUGAUGGUGGUUGAGUUGGUUGUUUGAUCUAACAAGUUUGGGCUAUAGUUCAUUGGAGGGAUGGGCCAAGUGGUUGUAAAAUUAUGGUCUCUAUUUUUUUUUUUUUUUUUUACCAUUUUGCAAAUCAACUUAUUUAUAACUUGGGGUAGCUUUUACCUAGGGAUUAAUUAAAUGGAAUGUCUGAUGUUGUAAACCGUCACUUUUUUUUUUUCUGUAUAAUUCAUUACGUGGACUUCAAUUCA